GUUGACUACAGUCUACUUAAAUUCAAAAUGGCCACAACACACCAAGCUCGCAUCAGUUAGCAGCCUAAGAAGAGUAAAGUCUCCAUAGGGCCAUUGAUAGUUUGCAAAGAAUGUCGAUAUCCUCGUUCCGUUACAAUUAUGGCGCCGGGGGUAUUUGUGGCUUCUGUAUCGGAGAUCCAGACGCAUAUUCCGCAAAGCCCGGAGAAGAGAGUAUCCGAUCAAAUGUGACCAUGGAUAAUACGGAAAACAGCGAGGCUACCUGGGUCGAGUGUAGCAUCUCAGAUUGCCAUGCACAAUACGUUGUCUAGAACCCAGAGUUAAAUAACCGUCCAAAGUGCCAUUGCUGUCGAGUUUCAGGAAAACUCAAGGAAUCUACAUGUACAGAGUCCAUUGCGGGAGAAGGGACGUCUGCUCAAGUAGCACCCUGGAUAGAAUGUACGAUCUGCCUGAGUCGGAUGAUUUGGCCGCACGAGUAUCGCCCUACAAAUCUAUCAACAGCAAAGCUCCGGUGUCCAGCGUGUUUGUCAGGCCGUGAUACCAUCAUCGCCGUCGAAACAACAACCAGCCAAUUAGCUUGUGAAAACGGCACGGCAUGGCUUCUACGAAAUACGGACAACAAAAUCCCAGAUGCUCUCGUCGACCGCUCAUUAUACAAGACAGUGAUGGCAUCUGGAACAGAAGAUUUUGUCACACUAGUUGAGAUAAUACCACCGUCGGAUACAACUGAGCUCAAAUAUGGCGGGCAUUCAACAAACGGAACCUACGCUCAGCCUGUGGCCGCUCUGGAUGCCAGCAACCGACAUGUGAGAAGUGUCGGCAGGAAUGGUAUGGGAUUAAUCGACGAGGAAAAACCAUUAAUGUCGCUGCUCUUUGCUGCCCUUUUGCCGGCGCCAACCAGCUUCUCGAGCGGUGUCCGGGAACGCACGUGUGCACAGGGUCCGCCGCCUGAGCUGGAUGAGUGGAAGUGCGAGGCAUACGAGGCGUCCGACGUGCAUACUGUGCAACACGUCCGCAGCUGUCCCGUGUGUGGGGUGAGGACGGAGCGGACGGGAGGAUGCGGUCAUAUUGCUUGUCCGGUGCCAGACUGUGAAACCCACUGGUGCUACUUCUGUGGAAUCGCGGUUCAUCCAACGCAAAUCUAUGACCACAUGGCCGACGAGCAUGGUGGCUGGUACGGAGCCGAGUACGAGUAUUCCGACUCCGACUAUGAUGACGACAGGGAGCUCGGCUUAUAG